UUGCACCACCUUCACAUCCUUCUAUAAAUCCGGAUAUACCUGGCAUCCUUGAUGGCCACUCAAUACUUGAAGUCGACGUCAGCGCAAUGGCAGAAAAACAGUGGCGGCUUCCCGGGGCUGAUAUCAGCGAUUGGUUCAACUAUGGAUUCGAUGAAAUCUCUUGGGAAGCAUAUUGCUACAGAAGACGGGACUUGGGCGAACUCGCAAAUGUCCUCAAGACCAACGUACUCGUACGAUAUAUAGUGACUUGUUUGGUCCAUAGUCCUUACUUUUCUCCUAGAAUUUCGCAGCCAUGCCAGAAGAUCAGCUAAUAGCCUUACCCCCUGAACUCCGUACGAUGGUCAUGACGGGCGCCAACGCCAUGAUGAACACUGCUAGCCAGGGCAUGAUGGGACCAAGCGUCGGGAUGAAUCCCAUGAUGGAAAUGCCCGGUAUGGGACCUAUGAACAUGGGACCGAUGGGCAUGGGCAUGAAUGGCGAUAUGGGUAUGCAGAUGCAACCGGGGGGCCCGUUGAUGCCAGAUGGCCCCGUCCCCGGCCAGGGUCCAGUAGGGCAGAACGGCACGCCGGAGCAGGGUGUGCAGAUGGGCAUGCAGGACGGCUUCGGGCCGGGAAUGAUGGGCAUGGGUGGUGACUUUGGUAUGCAGCAGGAGCAAGGACCGAUGGGGCAGCCUAUGUAUCCCAACAUGGAGGGCAGUGCGACACCGGCACCAGUCCCUGUGCAGACGCCAGUGCCUACGCCAGCUCCUACAGCGCCUGCGCACAUGGGCCGUGGGGCACCCCCAGCACAAUUCAGAGGUCGUGCAAUGGCUCAAGGCCUACGCGGAAGAGGAUUUGCUGGACGGGGACGAGGAGGAUAUGGCGGGGCUCCAGUAGGGCCUGUCCGCCCAGCCUCGCCGUUACCGCCCGGCGUGCCAACCGGUCCCCGCAACCAGAAUAGGUACAAAGACAGAGAUAACAAUGCACCUGCAGUCGAAGGUCUUGACUAUGGAGGCACAAUAAAGGACGUUGGAGGAAGGACGCCGUCAGGGGAACCAGAAGAUCGCCUUGGCCGGAAGCGGCGCCUUUCACCAGGUUUGGAUGAUACUCGGGGAUCUAAAAGGCGCUGAGACGCGCACAUAUGUAUACGUUCUCAUUAUUGUAUCUCACUCUUGACAUUGUGCACACUGUUAAUGCUGUCGUGAAGGUUAUUGCUGACAUUG